CAAUCGCUCUUCUCAUUCAUGCUUAAAAGCUCAUUAGAUUAACGAUUACAAGUUGCCAAACGAAACGGGCCCUAUGGAGGCCUCGCAUUGAUAGGUGUUGGGUCUUGGACUUUGCCAUCCUUACUACCACAUUGUCUCCCUAUGUAAUUCGUCUACUGGACAGUCACGCUUUACUUUUCAGCUUAGGUGGUCCCAUAGAAAUGUCCAUGUUUCUUUUGAGUUGGCAUCUCGACGUUAAGAACUAUGUUCAUUUUGACCUUGAUAUCUGGCCGACAAAAGCCGUUAACAAUAGCGGAAAGGCACGUCAACGGCUAAGGAACGGGCACGUUAAACAAGGCGACUUUACUUCCGUAGCAAAGGAAAAGUAAAAGGAAGAAGAAAUGAGGGGUCCAUGGUGUCAAGUGUCAUCAUCGUCAUCAUGCGACCCGACCUGAUUGCUUCUUUUGCCUUGCUAGUCGGGCUGUUGGUGUGCUUGGAGCAGGCACAGAAGUGCCGACACGAGACUUGGGUUGUGUGUGAGACAGGAACGGCAAUCUCAAUGCUGCUGGUCAGAUUCAUCAUUCUCAUAUGGGAACACGAAGAAGGUCUCGCUAUCAAGUCAGUCGAUCGUUGCUCUGCAGUGAAUACAUCUCGCCUCGAACGCCUAUAUCGCCUCAGUCUUACAAAUCCGCUAGACAGCUAGCAUUGCACUUUAUUACUCCGACAAAGUCGAGGCACACGAUUUCCUUGAUGAGUAGUCUAGGGUACUAAGUCAUAUAACUACUAGAGUAUACGAAUGACUGGUAUGUAUAUUGGCAGAGCACAUCUGCCCGGGUUAUACUUGGAUUGAGUAUAUUUAUGUUGUUUUGACACUUUAUGUACCUGAUUAACUGACGUCGUUAUCCAAAACAUCCAAUACAACUUCCACCGCCUGCCAGAGUUGUCCCGAAAUUCGCGAGGUCUACAUGCUAAUAACUCAAUCAGUUACUAGAACAACUGUACGGUACCUAUUUUAGUACCUACCUACUCUGGUACUGUGUACCUUGCGAGUAGCAUGUAUGUACAUAGAAUAAAACCCGAUAAAACCCCCCCACCUGAUGAGAGCUCUGAUGUCAUGCAUUGGCUUUGGUGUAUCGUACAUAUGUGAUGCGCCAUCCAUCCCUGAGGCACCUACUUGGUUAGUAAGUAAGGUAGGUAGGUAGCUUGUGAAGGUUGAGUAUCGAAUACAAGGAACCCCCCGAGCUUCAUACCAGUAAAAUCCCGAUAAAACAAAGUGCUACUUUGUGCAAUCUAGGGUAGUUUUUAUGCCUGACCAGGCACCCUAGAGCUAUAUCCUGGUCCCUGGCUGGCUCAAUUCUGUUGUCUCGUAGGCUGAAAGAUCAUGACCCAGAUCCGAGCUUGCAGGCGGAGCUGGCCGGGAUUUACCGCUAGGCCGGCUAUGAUUGUUAACCCUGUACUUGACUUUACCAGCCCGUCAUGUGCUAGCAUCAGGUAUCGGCCUAAGGCGACCAUGACAUUCUACCCUUGGCCUGAGCUCGUCGUCAGAUCAUGGUCGACUCUUUCACCAGCAACCCUCCAACGUCAUCGGCUACAAAACAAAGCACAUCUCCAAUCCUUCCUUGUCACUUGCAAGCCAAGACAAAAAACCAAAACCUCAACGCCAGCAUGCUUCGCACAACCUUCCGCCAGACAGCCGCCUUCCGGCCUGUUCGAUGCUUCUCUACCACACCUCGCGUCAUGACUGAGGGAGCUACUGGCUCAGUCCGUCCCACUGGUGGUUCCGGUGAUGCCUUCCAGCGACGGGAGAAGGCUAGCGAGGAUUACGCUAUCCGCCAGCGCGAGAAGGAGAAGCUGAUCGAGCUGAAGAAGAAGCUCCAGGAGCAGCAGCAGCACCUUGACCGGCUCUCCAAGCACAUCGACGAGAUCACCCGUGAGCAGGGCGGCGAGAAGAACUAAACAACUCAUACCUCGGAUUACCGGAUAACCCCCGGCAAAGACUGCGGGGAGAAACCAUCAGCUUUGAGUGAGGUUCAAUCCCACUCACCAAGAUCGAUGGAUGUACAUUUAUCAAUUGGGGGAAUUCGACCUGACUUGAAAUUGCACUUUUCCAGUGCUUGUCUUUUUCCAUAGUCUUAAGGUAAACUAGUGUACAAGAACAACCACGCAUUUGCACUUCUCAACA